UAGUUGCGCAGAAAAACAACAAGGAUUGACUGUGGUUUAGUCCAAUUGACAUUUUGUAAUUUUUGUGAGAUUUUAGAAUUUCACGAAUUUUCAGCCGUUCUAUUUUAAGACAAAUGACUGAUAACAGUUUUUGAGUAUUCCGUGUUAAAUUCACAUACAUCAGUCAUGUGUUCCAUUGCUGCGGGCAGGAUUUUGCUAUGAAAAAUAUCUUGAAGAUCACGAAGGUUUUAUUCGGCAGGGUUGUUAAAGAAACUGUUUGGUAAUAUGCAAUGGAAAUACAAGGGAUGGAAAGGGCGAUGGCUGUGGGCGGUGUUGGUGCUCGCAUUGUGCCCGUUGCUAGUGGCUCAGAAAAUCGGUGACCCAUACAAAAUUUUGGGAAUACACCCCAAGGCUAAAUUACCUGAAAUACGCAAAGCUUACAGGCAACUCGCUAAAGAGUGGCAUCCUGAUAAGAAUGAGCAUCCAGAUGCGGCAGCUCGUUUUGUAGAGAUCAAACAAGCAUAUGAACUGUUGUCAGACACUGAGCGGAGACAGGCAUAUGAUUACUAUGGCAUUACGAACGAAGACGACCACCUUUAUAAACCCCGGCAUGAUUACAGCCAAUAUGCUAGAUUUAGUAACGAUCCGUUCGAAGAUUUCUUCGGGACACACUUCCGAACACAAGACCAAGAUAUUACGUUGUUCCAUAAACUAUCAAUUACUGCGCGCCACUUCGAAAACAAUAUAGUCGAAAAAAGCAUUCAUACGCCAGCACUAGUUCUAUUCUACACGGACUGGUGUUUCGACUGUGUGCGCUCAGCUGCCGCCUGGCGACGGCUGGUGGAAGCUCUGCAGCCGCUCGGCGUUACCAUGGCAACCGUGCACGCGGGCCACGAGGCCAACCUGGCACGCCGAGUGGGGGUACAUGGAGUGCCCUGCCUUACCUUCAUUUUAGACAAACAUAUUUAUAUGUAUAAGGAGCCACUAUCGUCGCUACCUAAAAUUUUAGAGUUCAUACGUUGGAAAUUCCCCUAUAAACUGGUUAGCACGAUAUCGGACAGCAACGUGGACGGCUUCGUGUCGGACUUCGAGGACAAUAAAGUGAAGGCGUUGAUCUUCGAGGAGCGGCAGACGAUGCGCUUCAGAUACCUCAUCACUGCAUUCCACUAUAGAGAUAGAGUCGCGUUUGGUUUCGUAGACAUGCGAUCCCGCGACACGCUGAACGUGACGGCGCGGUACAAGGUGCAGCGCGACAUGGACACGAUGGUGCUGCUGAAGGAGGACAGCGAGGAGCCCGCCGCCAUCGUCAGCACCAACGAGAUCCCCUCCGAGACCCUGCACCAGCUCAUCGAGGCCAACCAGAUGCUACUGCUGCCCAGGCUGUCCUCGCAGAGUGUGUUCGAGAGCGUGUGUCCUGUGGAGUGGCGCGCGGCGCGGCGCCGCCUGUGUUGUGUACUGGUGUGCGGGGGCGCGGCGGGGGCUGCGGGGGGGACGCGCGGGCCCGCCGCCGCCGCGCGCCGCGCACUGCGCGAGCUGGCGCGCACGCCCUCCGACCGCCUGCACUACGCCUAUGUCUACGCGCACAAACAGCCCGCCUUCAUACAUGCCAUCGCUAAUGGAUCUGGCAGCGAUAUAUCAGAGAUGGAGCAUCGGAUCGUCAUUAUCUGGCGCCGCGAGGCCACGCGCAUCCAGUACGAGUGGUUGAACGAGACGUGGCCGAGCUGCAACCACGCGCACUGCUCCUCCGACCACUUCCCCUCGGACCCUGUCCUCAGGGAGGAGUUACUGAAGUACCACGAGAGACUGAAUGAGACCAAGCGAGCACUCGACCAGCUCAUCAAGAGGUUGUUGAAACCUACCGAAGUGAUGGCGUAUGAAGCUCAUGUACAGGAGUUGCUGGACGAGGCGGCGCUGGGCGCGGUGUGGCGCGCGGUGGUGGCGCUGUGCGAGUGGGGCGAGCGCGCCGCGCACGGGCUGCGCAGUCAGCGCGCGCUGUCCGCCAUCUCCGUGCUCGCCACCGUCGCCACCGUGCUCGCCGCCGGGUACCUCAUGGCCUACCUCAUACGUGUAGAAGAAGAGUCAGUGCAGCGGCAGAAGGAAGAGAGGAAGAAACAGAAUGGCGUCGGCAAGAAGAACAACAACGAGCCGAGCUCGGAACUCAGACUGCACGAGCUGAGGGCCGAGAAGUAUAAUGGACUGGUUAGACUGUUGAAGCCUGGUUGCCGGACGAUUGUGUUACUGGUAGACAUGCAGAGUCGCGUGCAACUACUCUCCAAGUUCCAUAAGAUCGUGUGGCCAUAUCGCAAGAACAAGACGCUGGUGUUCGCGUACCUGUGCGUGGAGCGCGGCGCGGGCUGGUUCGCGCGCGUGCUGCAGCUGUCGCUGGGCGGCGCCGAGCUGCGCCUCAACGCGCGGAACUGCGUCGGCACCGUGCUGGCGCUCAACCCGCACCGCAAGUACUUCUGCAUCUACCACGCCAAGCACCCCGAGUGUACCAAGCCGCACAAGCGUAUGAGUCGUAUGACGCGGUCUCUGGGCGAGACGGGUACGUUCGACCCCGAAGCGGGCGCCUUCAUCGGGUUCCACACCUCGCCCGACUCUUCAUCGGCAGACGAGGCCACGGACCCGCCCGUACUCAUGCAAGAGAACCUGUUGGACGGGCUGGAGAACUGGCUGGACCGCCUGUUCGAGGGCAGCACCCACCGCUACUACAUCAACUACUGGCCCGACAUGACUACCAAGUGAGCACACACACACACACUACUCUGUACACACACACACGUGACACGUUGUGACGUAACUAGGAAGGGGGACGGGGGAAGGGGGUUGAUUGUUUAAGGGGAUGUAGGUAUGAUACACUUGCGUUUUGUGAUUAUUGUUGUCAUGCAAGUUGUUUAUUAUAAUUAAUCAAAAUUGUUGAUUUUAGGUGAACUGUUUGAAUCUUAUUAUAAAGAUCUGAUUGUUGAUUUUUUUGUGCCGUGUUUGUUGAUGUCCUGAGUAUUGUCGACAAUGGUUUUCGGUGUUGAACUAUAGUGUUGUUUGUCUGACAUCUUUACGAUUCAUAUUGUUGUUAAAUUGUUUACACUGUGUCGAGUUGAUUAUGACUAUUGUUUAAAAUUAUGUCUUCGAUAUAAUCCUUUAGGGCUUCCUUUUAAAACUUGUAUUACUAUUGAAACGCGAUUCCUAGUUACGCCAAAACGCAUCAUGGUACAAACAAUUUUUAUUUUCAAUAAUUUCUUGUAUUUUUUCGUCGUUGUUAAGGAAAUAUACUGCCCGGUUAUUGCCGUUUUUCGACCAUAGAUUAUAAAUAAGUGUGAUAAUUAUUCGUAACGGUUUGCCUUAGAGCUGAUGACCGAGUUAGGAGUUGAGAUCGCUCGUUCGAAUCGUAGUCUGAGAUCUGGGAAAUGUUAAGGUCAAUAGAUUGUUGAAAUCGACUUAUUUAUUUCAGCGUGAGGAUAAACCUCAAAUUAUGAAUAUUGUCAAAGGGACCAAUCAAGUCAGUCCCGCCUGAACCGUUACUAAAACUUUAUUGAGACAAAACCAGCAGCUUCCAGCUAUAGUUUUCAAACUUAGGUAAUUUGUAAAGCAGCUACGAAACUAUACUUUUCUAAAAGGGGCCUUAUGUAAAGAGAAUAAGAUAGUUUUCAGACUACGAUUCGAAAAGUUGCGUAUCCGACAUAAUUAAUUAUAUUAUGGUGUCGGGUUAUCACGAGCUCGCGUUGCGUGGUACUCUGUGUGACUGUACUGCACGGUACAGUCGAGUGAACAAGUGUAAUACUUAUCGAAUGUUACUGUGGACACAUUGCUAUUGACACUCGCAUAUAAAUAUGGCGGCGCAACCUUAUUAGAUAAACGGCAUAGACGUUAGUCGAUGUGACAUUAACUUAUGAAAUAUUUUAUCGUAAACAUUUAUGUCAUUUGUCUAGUGGGACAGUUAAUUUGAUAUCAGAGGGUUUAGUACGAGUUUGUUUUAACAUUUAACGAAACCAAUAUGAGACCGCCUUCGACGUUAUGUACGGGUACUGAUUGGGCGGCUCCAAUGACCAACCAAUGAGCGCCGAACGCGGUCUCGUUAACCGUGAAACAAACUCGUACAAAGCCAUCAGGUAAAAGGCAAAGGGAGCUACUAGGUGUGGGUCGCCUCUAACCGGUUGAUUCUGGAAGAUCAUAUUCAGUGGUGGACGGCUCAUGUCUUAUAAUAACGAUGAAAUCAUUUGAUGAUUUUCCAUCCUUACAAAAAGGUUUGUUACAAUCGUAAUAAUGAAUAAAUGCUGGUUACCUCUACUUAUGGAGAUAUUUAAUAUAUUUGAGAGCUGCCUUGUAACGUGUGUUCAAAAGAAGUGUGUCCAGAGUACUAGGCCAAAUUGUAUUAGUGCCUAUGUUGAAUAGUAGGCGAACUGAUUCUCCUACUGUAUAGGUAUUAGCUUUAUUGUAGCUCGAAGUUUAAAACGUUCGGAGGCCGGUGUUGGAACUCGAGUCGUAUUGAGGAAUGUAAUAUGGAUGUAGUUGUGCAAAAGUGUUUCGUUGUAUGUACAUUGAAAUAUAAUUUAAGUAUUUGAAAAUAUCAAAAUACGUACAUACAAUCACAUCCUUGGCAGUUAAUAAUUGAUACAAUUGCGGUAACUUUACUGUAUUCACAAAGAUAAAGUUUUUUUACCAUAACUAGUAUUUGAAGAGAUAUAAAUAAAUUAAAUUCUACUAUAUUUCAAGUUUUGCGUCACUAAAUGUCAGGAAAAAUUACAUGAACACUUAUGCAUAGCUACGUCCAUCUAGCUAAUGACUAUAAUAAUAUACAAACUAUUUAUAUAAGUUUAAUUCAUUUCAUUGUAUUCGUUUACAAGGUUUAUAUAACUGUGUUCAUUUCGACACCAGCAAUUUAUACUACGCUAACUCAAAAAGCGUACUUUACAGUAGAGGCGUUUAAAGGGAAAAACGUGAUAACUUUAACAUUAAUUAAGAUACUUUUUUGAAAUUUGGUAUGCUUAAUAUUUAAUUUAUUCAUUGUAAUAUCUCAUAUUUAUAUUUCCUUAAUUAUUUCUAUUUUUUGAUUUAGCGCAAGUUAGCCGUAUAUAAACGUAAUUCAUCAAAAAAAUGAUACAUCUUAUACACGUCUAACUUAUGUUAGCGUAGUGUAGUACGGGAGGUCGUAGUGCAUGAUCAAUCAUCUGAUGCAUAUUUCAAUAUUUUUAUAAAGAAAUGUACUUACUUACAAAAAGAAUAGUCAACGUACCAUUAAUAAACUAAUUAAUACGUUAACACAUAAGUAUUUACUACGUAAAAGUCGCUAAGUCGUUCAUUUUACAAACGAACAAGUAUACACACGAACGCACUAAACUACGCUAACUAUGAGUUAGUGCAGUUUUGCACGGACUUUGACCAAAGUUAUCCGCGCGCACACUCCGCUAAUAAUAGUUGGCGUAGUAUAAAUCGAGUGAUUUCAAAAAGAACCUUUACUUAGCGUUUUAAGAGAUAUAACUUUCUUAUUUUUGCAUAUUUCUUCUCAAUUUUUUUAUGACGUAUGUAAACACACAUUUUAAGCAACUUGGCAUAAAAAAUUUUUUCCAAAUUUCGAGUUAGCGUAGUAUAAAUUGCUGGUGUCGAUUUAUAUGUUUUGUAUUUGCCUCGCAUGUUAACGUGGUCAUUUGGUACCUAAGGGUUAACCGCUAGAAGCGUUAAUGGGGGUUAUGGUCUUAUUGAACAAACCUUUUUAAUGUCCUGUAUAUUGGACGACUAUCUUCUAACAACUACAUAGACCAUAAACUCCAUCAGCGCCCUCUACUGAAAAUAAAACAGCACCAAUUCACACCGGUCCUCGUUCAAAUAAUAAAUUAAGAGAAAUAAAAACAAAUAUUCACACUUUUAUAUAAAUAAAUUAUAAUAUUAGCUGUAAAUUAGCAAUUUGUCUUCACAAUAUCACAAUAACUAGUUUUAUAGAGUACAAUGAAGUAAGGACGGUAUGUCGGCACUGCACCUCAUUGAUCGAUACAAUGUUACAUGUUGGUGUGGACUUCGAUUCCUAUUGCUAUAACAAUAAGUUUUGCGACUUCCAACAGUUUUUGUGUAAGUAAAACUAAUUGUGUAAUAUUACAAACAUUACGGCUUCCAGUGCCGGCGUUAGGGGGGGGGGGGGGUCUGCGUGAUGGGGCGAUGGCCCAGGGCGACAAAUUCUGGGGGGCGCCAAAAAAAUUAAAACUACUACUACUUGAUAUUGCUUCCCUUAAGUAGGCGCCACAAUAUUUUCGCCCGGGGUGUCAGUGGCCCUUAUGCCGGCACUGACGGCUUCCAUGAUGACGGAGGUCCCCUUCCUAAUCUUCCUAAUACCCGAUUCCCUAACAACCCUUAAAUUCCUAACUCCCAAUAGGCCGGCAACGCCUCUGUUUUCGGGAGUCUAUGGGCGACGGCGAUUGCUUACCAUCAGUUGAUCUGUCUGCGCGUUUACCGGCUUAUACCAUAAAAAGUAAUCUGAAUUGAAAUAUGUUGGUAAUGAUAAUUUUGAUGUAGACAAUAUCUUUAUUUCAAUGUUGAACCACGCGGACCAAUAAAAAUGUGCCACGAUUUCUAUUCCAACAUAGAAAUAGGAACCGAUAUCCAACGCGACAUGUAAUAGUAACUUUACACCUUUUUAAAUCUUUAUACAUUCUACCUUCUAGUAAAUUUGAUUGAGCUUCGUAAUAUUGCCUGUUGAAAGCUAGAGAACAAAUUUAUUAUAAAGCAAACAAACUACGUGGCUAUGUACGUAGGCUCGUUACUUUGACAAGUUUUGAUACAAAUUUACCCUUUACUAGUACAUUAUUUUCUCAAAAACUUUAUAGCACCUGAAAAAUUAGCAUGCUCGCAGAGCUUCUGGGAUUGAUGUCAGUAAUAAAAGUUCUGAAAUUAAACAACUUCAAUAUAAAUCAUACGUGUGUGAACAUUUUACCUCAUAUUUAGAUUAUUGUAAAACGGGGUAAAUAGAAUUCAAGGGGUGAAUAAAUACAGGAUUGGGAUGAAUAAAUGUUGGGAAAAUGUCCUAACAUAAUAGUUUUAUCGUACUAGGUUAUAUGUAAACUUGAAAGUACUCUUGCAAAACUAAGUCAAAGUAACGAACAUUUAUUUUUCGGAUUGCUAGACAAAUCGCUAUUGUAUUAGUAUUUUAAUAGUUAUUGUAGUAUUAACUUUGUUUAUAAUACAAUUAAAAUUCUUGUUUAUUAUUGUUCCUGAGUGUAAUCGGUUGUCCCGAACAAUGUACUAGUCAAAUGUAUUACCAAAUGUUACUUUAUAAUAAUUUAGUUAAUUAUAGUUAUUGCCAUAUUGUAGUCUGUACGUAGGUCAUAGUCGGUAUAUUUAUGAUAAAAGUGCAAUUUUAUUUUCUUGUGAACAUUUCUUGCCGGUGAAUGUUAUUUAGUACUUUGUGACUAUGGCUGUACAGUGGGUAGUAUUCUUAAAAUCACUUGCGUCUUCUAUAAAAUGUAUUAUUUUUUAAUGUUUUUCUAAGUGUUUACGCAUGACAAUUAAUUUAAGCAUUGUUUUCGAACCCUGUGUAUGGUAACAAUAAAGUGCAUUUUUCUACAAAAUGAAAUUGUUUGAUGAAUAAAAAGACAAAUUUGUAUAAAUCUAACAAAAUGUGUAACUAUGUGAUUGUUAUCAUUGUAUCUGUUCUAUGAUGUUUAUUGGUGGGACUUGUACUAUAAUUUGUUGCAUGCGCAUUCUGUUGGACCCAAUCUAGACAAUAGUUGUAAUCAAAUAUUUUAUUAAAAUAAAUAGUUCAUACUUUACAGUUGAUGUUUGGAAUUUUACAUAUUUGUUGUUAUCUGUUAAAAUGAUGGCACUUGUUGAAUGUUUACUUUUUAAAUGUCACAUUAGAGUAUUUAUGUGUUCUCCAAGGAUGGUCAGCGCGUAACGACAGUGGCUCCCCCCAAUACGGAACUGUAUUUAUAAAUGUGCUGUUUAACCUGUGUUGCCAUGUUUUAUAGUAAAGUUAUCACCAUGUUGGGUGUCUGUAUAUGGGUUGUUGGUAAAGCUUGUCUAUUCUUACUAAAAUAUAAUUAUUAUUGUUGUAUUUAAAUUAUUUUUAUUGUUAAGAUACACUUAAUCUAUCCUUUAUCUUAAUUCCAGUAUCGAUUUGUACAAUAAAAUAAUAAAUAAUGUUCUUUA